AUGACUUCACAGCUCCCCCUCCCCGACUACUUCUCUAAAUUCGCCAACGUCUACGUCCGCCAAACCGGCCAAUCAACCCUCAACAUCCUCUCCGACGUCAUCAGCGAGCAUGUGCAGAAUUCCACCCACCCCAUCGGCGCCGACUCCAUCGUCCACGACACAGCCGCGGGUCCCGGCAUCGGCGCCGUCGCUCUCGUCUCCCGUCUGCCGAAGGACCAGCUUCCCAAAGAACUGCUCAUCUCCGACAACAACCUGAUGAUGGUGUCGGCCGCGCGGGACUCGCUCGUCGGCUCCCCGUUGCCGCACGUCGACUGCCGCGAGCUGGACUCCCAGGACCUGUCGCCGUCGGUGGCAGACAACUACUUCACGCACUCGAUCAACAACUUCAGCAUCUUUACGUUUUCGCGCCCACUUGACGCUGUGCGGGAGACGUACCGCACGCUGCGCCCGGGAGGGCUCGCUGUCGUGACGUGCUGGAGGCGGUUUGCGCCGAUGUAUAUCGUGCACGCUGCGCAGAAAAAGAUCCGCCCGGAUCUGUCGCUUAUGCCUACGCCGGGCCCGAGGUUCUACGAGGAGGGCGUGCUGCAGAAGGAGGUUGAGGAGGGCGGAUUUGCGAAGGAGAACAUAACGGUGUUCGAUAAGGUGUUGGUUGUUUCCGACGAGGAAAAUAUAGCGGGGCUUACGAUGCUUAUGGCUGGCCCCAUGAUGGCUAGGGCGCGCGAGGGGUACACGCCAGAGGAAGAGGCUAGGUGGGCUGAGGCUGUUGGCCAGUCCGUGAAGGAAGAGGUAGAGGAGUUCAAGGGUAUUAGAUUCGAAGCCUAUGUCCUCUUGGCUACCAAGUAG